AUGGGGAACAAUGACUCGCCCAAAUUUUUGGCCACGCUCUUCCAAUCGUUAUCCUCCCAAACCACCAAUCGAUCGGGCCUUGAGGCAUUCGUACAGCUCUGCAAUUCCGCACGUAUCGCGGCCCAACAAGCCUCUUUCACCUCUGUCGCAAACUCCCUUCGCAACCUCUACCGCAAUGAUACUGUGAAUUGGGGCCAAGUCGUGUUUCUCAUUACCUGUGUGAUAACCAUGGCUGGCUGUGGUAUUUUUUCCUCUUUCAGGCGCCGCUCAGCGAAAAAUCCUCGCUCGCAGCGGACCUCAAUUCGCAAAACCCUGUCCAAGUCGUCUUCGAAGACACUCACCUCGUCGGACGAUGACUAUGAAGAUGAGGAGUAUGAUAGCAACGGAUCUUUGCGCCAUGCUAUCCUCCCCUCUCGCGUAGCCGAAGGGAACCCAUGUCAGCCUAAGAAAAAGACCUGCGAUGCCUUCAAAACCGACCCUGGAAUCUUGAAGAAGUUUACUUCUUACCAAAAGUACACCACCUCCGUGGCAACUUACCCUGGAAUUCGAACUUUCUUUUGUCGGCACCCGCACCUGGACCGCCUCCCGACCAAACCAUCCCCAAUUCCUUUACUUGUGUUUGUACACGGGCUCGGUGGAUCGCUCGCACAAUUCCACCACCUUCUCACUAGUCUUUCGAAUGUCGGAUCUUGCUUUGGUAUCGAUUUGCCUGGUUGCGGUCUGUCUAAGUUUGAGCCAACCAACUGGGAUGCAUACACCGUGGAGGCACUAGCUGAGUUGCUGUCUGUCGCCAUUGAGCAACAACGGGACCCUGAUCAAGACGUGAUUUUGGUCGGCCAUAGCUUGGGAUGCUCAUUGUCUGCUCUACUCGCCUCGUCCACCUCGCCCAUUGGAACCCCUCUCAAGGAGCAUAUCAUUGGAUUAGUCGCCGUGUGUCCUCGAGCGUCGCCUCCGUCCCCUCAUGAGACCGCAAUUGCCCGCCGCCUGCUUCACAUCCCGAGUCCGAUCUUUGAUUUGUGGCGUUGCUGGGACCGACGUGGUGGUAUCGAGAGUGCCAGCGUUAUGAGAAUGGUCGGCGAUGAUGCCGAUGCAGAGACACGAGAUCUUCAAGUCCGUUUCAACAAGCAAAGCCGGACACCUGUUUGGCGCCGAAUGGCGUGGGGCUCGCUUCCCACCUACAAGGGUGAUGAAGCCAUUGGGGGAAUGCCAGGAGAGAAGGUGUGGGCUGGUGUUCACAUGCCAAUUCUGCUCGUGGCAGGAGAAGCAGAUGCAGUGACAAAGCCGGUGGAGAUUCAGAACCUUCUGAAAUAUUUUGGCAACGCUUCAGCUCACACUACUAUCGAUACCACUGGAAGCAGUACGAUUCCGGAUGCUUCACGAGUCCAUGACCAAAUGUCCGGACCACCAAACAUUCCUCAACAAGAAACUCCUGUCGUCCAGGUAGUGAUUGAUAAUGAAAAGUCAAACCCUUCCUCUGGCGAUGGGCGCAAGAGAGUGGUCAAGUCGGCCAUUCUGCCGGCCCCCGCAUCGCAUGCUCUUCUUUACGACCGAGCGACCUACCGUACCUUGGCUGGCAUCAUUCAGGGAUUUUUGUCUUCAAAUAUUGACAAGCGUCUAGGACUGGGAUGGCAAUUGCAACACCUGAAUACCUCGGGUAAAUGGGAUGUGAAGAACCUGGCCAAAUGGCAGAAGGUUGCCCCGGUCUCAGCGCCUAUUGCCAAUACUUUCCGAGCGAUGAAGAUGCUGCGAGAGGUUGAUGAACACCACAAUCCGGUCAAAUUCUCUGCGGAGUACCGCGACAAGAUUUACGCUGUCAUCGACAUCAGCCACGAGAGUCCAGUGUACAGCCCAGCACAGAUGGAAAAGGGCGGUAUUCAUUACUGCAAACACCCUACCGUCUCAAAGCUUCCUCCGACUCCCGAUGAGACUCGAGACUUUAUUGCUCUGGUUGACCGGUUGCAGAAGGAGAUUGACGACCAGAUGGAAAAGCGAGAGGAUCCGUCCUUGCCGCGUCCACUGAUUGGUGUCCACUGCCACUAUGGCUACAACCGAACUGGCUUCCUCAUUGUGUGCUACUUGAUUGAGCAGCUGGAUUAUCCUGUCAAGGAUGCGGUUGCUGAGUUCAACCGGUGCCGACCCCCUGGUAUUCGACAUGAUCACUUCAUUGACGAACUCCAUGCGCGGUACGCGGGAAUCAAGAGAGUUCCCACUCUGUAA